GAGAAAGGGUUUAAAAGUUUGGCGUGUUGAAAGCAUACUCAGCUGGCAGUAGAGACAGAACUGGUGCUUCUGUGGACUUGGCCAUUUGCACAGCACAAGCAGUGAUGGAUAACUCCUCUGUCUGUCCCCCAAAUGCAACUGUCUGCGAAGGCGAUUCCUGCGUAGUACCUGAGAGCAACUUCAAUGCAAUUCUCAAUACAGUGAUGAGCACUGUGCUCACCAUCCUCUUAGCCAUGGUGAUGUUUUCUAUGGGGUGCAAUGUGGAAGUCCACAAGUUCCUAGGACAUAUAAAGAGACCAUGGGGUAUCUUCGUGGGCUUCCUCUGUCAGUUUGGAAUCAUGCCUCUCACAGGCUUUAUCCUGUCUGUGGCCUCUGGCAUCCUUCCUGUACAGGCUGUAGUGGUGCUAAUUAUGGGUUGCUGCCCUGGAGGAACUGGCUCCAAUAUCCUGGCCUAUUGGAUAGAUGGCGACAUGGACCUCAGUGUUAGCAUGACCACUUGCUCCACACUGCUUGCCCUUGGAAUGAUGCCUCUUUGCCUCUUCGUCUACACCAAGAUGUGGGUUGACUCGGGAACGAUUGUGAUUCCCUAUGAUAGCAUUGGUAUUUCUCUGGUUGCUCUUGUUAUUCCUGUUUCCUUUGGAAUGUUUGUAAAUCACAAAUGGCCACAAAAAGCGAAGAUUAUACUUAAAAUUGGAUCCAUCACAGGUGUAAUUCUCAUUGUGCUCAUAGCUGUGAUUGGAGGAAUACUGUACCAAAGUGCCUGGAUCAUUGAACCCAAACUGUGGAUUAUAGGAACAAUAUUCCCUAUAGCUGGCUACAGCCUGGGUUUCUUCCUGGCUAGACUAGCUGGUCAACCCUGGUACAGGUGCCGAACAGUAGCCUUGGAAACUGGAAUGCAGAACACUCAGCUGUGCUCCACCAUUGUACAGCUCUCCUUCUCCCCCGAGGAUCUCAACCUGGUGUUCACCUUCCCACUCAUCUAUACUGUUUUCCAGCUCGUCUUUGCAGCAGUAAUAUUAGGAAUUUAUGUCACAUACAGGAAAUGUUAUGGAAAAAAUGAUGCUGAGUUUCUAGAGAAAACAGACAAUGAAAUGGACUCCAGGCCAUCAUUUGAUGAGACAAACAAGGGAUUUCAACCAGAUGAGAAGUAGACAAGAAAGAAAAAGAAAACUUCAGAACAAUAUUCAUUAAACUAAAACUGAAUUUAUUUCUUUUGGUGGAAAAUCAUCAGAAAAAACAAAUUUAAAAGUUAAAUUCAAAUUGAAAUUAUGUUUUUUGUAUAAAGUAAUCCAUUCUUUAGUGUGACAAAGAUCCAAAGAUAUGUGUGUGUGUGUGUGUGUGUGUGUGUGUGUGUGUGUGUGUGUGUGUACAUGAGCGUACGAUCGUACAUGAGUCAGUUUUCUGUAUUCAUAGUCAGAUUGGUCACAAGAUAUUCCUUGAUUUCAAAUUCACAGAAGCUUAAGCCUCUUUUUUUAAAAAGGCAGUGUUUAUAUUAAUCUCUUAUUACUUCAGAUCAAUAUUAUCUUACUAAAAUAUUUAACAUGAUGUAAAUGUGUAAAUAGUUGUUUCACUGUAUUGUUUAGGAAAUGAUGUUUUUUAAAGUCUAUGAUAUUUUAUGUUCAGUACAGGUAUCAUUUUUCAGAUAUUUUUGGCCAUAGUGAGUUAAAAUCAUAGAUGUCAAACUUAUCCUUUGGGGGCCAAAUGCAUGUACAUAGAAUGUAUAGAUAGAUGAAAGAUAGGUAGAUAGAUAGAUAGAUAGAUAGAUAGAUAGAUAGAUAGAUAGAUGAAAGAUAGAUAGAUAGAUAGAUAGAUAGAUAGAUAGAUAGAUGAAAGAUAGAUAGAUGAUAGAUAGAUAGAUAGAUAGAUAGAUAGAUAGAUAGAUAGAUAGAUAGAUAGAUAGAUAGAUAGAUUAGAUAGGUGAUAGAUAGAUAGAUAGAUAGAUAGAUAGAUAGAUAGAUAGAUUAGAUAGGUGAUAGAUAGAUAGAUAGAUAGAUAGAUAGAUAGAUUAGAUAGAUAGAUAGAUUAGAUAGAUAGAUAGAUAGAUAGAUAGAUAGAUAGAUAGAUAGAUAGAUAGAUAAACUGAUUAUCAUUAAUAUAUUAUCAGAAAAUAUCUAUAGACCUAAUUUGAUAUAGGUCAAAUUGGAAACUUGGUCAUAUGUAAGCUGAACUCAGAGUCAAGCACUUUUGUUUGUUAAAAUAUAACAUAUUAUUACUGUAAAAUAAUUAUUUUCUUCAGUGUUUAUGAUUGUAAAAUGAUUGAUGUGAAUGAAUGUAUUCCUCUGACAUUUUAAUCAUGAGUUUGAAGAUUUGCAACAUAUUUAUUUGUGGUUUUGCACUAUACUCCGACAAAUAUCUGUAUUUGUAUUUUAGAAAAGUAGGUCCUUCAAAUGAUAUUCCAGAAAUAGAAACAAGAGAAAGUAUUGCUAAUCAACUGAAGAACAAACUAGAAUUGAAUUAACUCAUCAACAUAUUUUAUAUCCAUUCAUAUGCCUCUAGGGUCCCUGAUGCCCUUUUUAUCUUUCAAGAAAUAGAGAUCAUUCAAUACAGUUUGAAUUUGACAAUUAAUUUUUGGAACUCUGAAGAGGUUUGUUCAAAUAUGAUCUGUAUGAAGCAGGUCUAAAUGGGACAAUAUGAUAGAUAUUAAGCCCAUAUGAAGUGCCAUACCAGUCACCAUGAGCAGGAGGUAUCAGAAGUUACAAAGGAACAAUGGUAUCAGUCUAGAAAAUGACAUAAUACAAUGAAGAGAUAAAUAAAUGUAAGGAAAAGCACAGAUAAAAGAAAUAUUGAAAAAACUUAAUAUGGCAAAUCUGAUGUGUGACAGGAAGUAGCUACAGGAAGAUUCAUGUCAGAAAGUGAGAUUUGAAGAAGAUAAGAAGUCCCCAGGCAACAAAGUAGGAAAAUCAUUUCUCAGAUGUCAUAGAUAUAGAUAUAUACCUGUCUAUAUCUAAAAUGGUAGAAACCAAAUAAGACUUAUAAAUCAGCAAGACUGUAUGGCUGUCAUAGGGAUGGAAUUUGUGCUUGUCUUUUUCCUUGAGACCCAACUUGAUUUACUUUUCUUCAUUUUGGAGGAGAAACAUGUUUUUAACUAGUCUUUGGUUGUUGGUCUUAUGGCAACUUUUGAUAUUGCCAAAGGCUUGUGGAUUCCUUUAAUUUAUAAUGUUUUUGCUCCAAAGACUAUUCUGCAUUUGAAUGAUCUGACUUUAGAUCACAAUGAGGGCUUCUGGUUGUAGACUUAAAAUAUUUUGGCUGGAGAUAUUGUCACAGUCUGUACAGUGUUUGCUCUGACAGCAUGAGGGUCUGAACUAGACUACCAACACUCAUAUAAAAAUGCCAGGUAUGAUACUGUGCAGCUGUAAUCCCAGUACUAGAAAGAAGAAACCAGGAGGAUAAGAGCCAGUCUAGCCAAUCAGUGAGCUCUGAGUUCAGUGAAAGACCAUGUUGCAAAAACUAAAAUAAAGAGCUACAAAGGAAGACACUUGCCAUUGACCACAUGUACAUCACACAGACACACACACACACACACACACACACACACACAUUUGGAGCAUUUUUCCAUCACUAGACAAAAGCAGAAAGUUGAACUCAGAAUGUCUUAAGGCAUUGGACAUUUAUUGGUAGACAGGAGACUGGAUUUUCUUCUUGAUAAUGUCAAGAAAGUACGUCCAAACAUGGAAAAUGAAGUCUAGUUCUUAAGUACCUCUUAACAUUCCUCAUCAAGAAGAAAACAGACAGAUGCAUUAAAGACACCAUGUGAAUUUCGAUCAAGUUUUCAACACCCCCCAAAUUAAGGGCCUGGAUGCCAGCAGCUGAAUCAACUGGGUUUUCAUCCCUAAUGAUUAAAGAAUAUGAGUGACAUAGAACUUCAUUUUCUUACCAUAUAUGGUGGCUUGUGAGGUUAUUUUUCCCCCUAAUAUUCUAGAAGAAUAGAAGAAUAUUCUAGAAAAAGAGUUAAGCAUUCUAAAAUUACAAAUCUCUUUUUUUAAUGAUUUUGAAAAGCUGAUGAAAUCAUAUAUAUUAUUGCCUCUGUUUCAUAUUAAAUGAAUAUUUUUAUUUUAAAGGCAUAAAUAAAAAAAUGAUUGUGUACUAUC